CCCCGCUGGGUGUGAGGCAGCAUGGGCAGCAAGAGGAGAGGUGCCAGGAGCCGGCGGGGCAGGGACGGCCCGGCCCCCACGCAGUGUGUCCAGGCCGAGUGCUUUGACCCUCUGGUCCGAAACUGCGUGGCCUGCAAGCUCUUCCGGACGCCAGAACCCAGACCGGCCUCGCCUCCCUCCGACCCUUCCCCUACCCGGCCGUCCCUGCCCUCCACCCCCUGCCCUCCCUCUCCGUCCCCUCCGCCAGCAGCCGGGGCCAGCAGCCUGGCGCCCGGGACGGCGCUGCAGCCGCAGGAGUCGGUGGGUCCCGGGGCCGCCGCCGAGGCCGACACCGCGCUGCCGCUGCCCGCGCUGCUCUUCGGCGCCCCCGCGCUGCUGGGCCUGGCGCUGGCCCUGGUCCUGGUGGGCCUCCUGAGCUGGAGGUGGCGGCGGCGGCCGCACGCGGCGGCUCCCCCGGGGGCCCCGGCCCCGCACCCGCACGAGGCCCUGGACAAUGUCAUCCUCCUCCCCCCGGGACCCCUUGAUGCCACCGCUCCCGUCUGGCCUCCAACAGGAGAAGACCCAGCCAACACCCCACCUGCCCACAGCGUCCCCGUGCCAGCCACAGAGCUGGGGUCCACUGAGCUGGUGACCACCAAGACAGCCGGCCCUGAGCAACAGUAGCAACGGAGGGGGCAGGAGGUGGCCCCUGUGCUCCCUGUGGGCUGUCAGCCAGGGGCUUGGAGGCUGGAUUCGGCUCUUCACCCCAGCGCCCACCUGCCCCUUUUCUGGGAACCACGCUGCUCCCCAGCUAACCCCGCAGAACCACAGACUGCAAACCACAGGGCUCAGACGGCGCGCAUGGCGUUCUAUGGCAUGUUAGCCUUUGGCUUAAAACCAGACGAUCUUUGGCAGCCCUCGAAGGUUGUGGCAGAGCUCCUGUGCUGGGGCACACCGCGUAGGAGGUUUUUCUUUAAGUGCCAGGAAGCCACCAUCAACCAGAAUGAAUCUAGGAAGAGGAUCAAGUGGGAGGAUGCUUAAUUUAUAGCUGGGUGUUGUAUUUCUUUAAUACUUGCUUCUCAGAGCUGUCCUGCUUUCAACUGAUGCAAACGGCAGCAAUGAGUAACCAACUGACUGGUUUGCUUCAGGAUUUAAUACAGGAUGAUUUUGAUUUUUACAAAGA